AUCGGGUCGCCAUUGUCUUCCGGUCCGAGUCUUCUGACCCUGGUGUGAGAGAGAGCUUCUAUUUUUGUGGAACAGUACCUGUGCAAGGACAUUUUCUUUAAGUUGUGUGUUAAACGUGUGUAUGUGUGUUGGCCGCGCCGUAGCGUUGUCACUGAUGGGCGGCUGGUCUCGCAGUGCGGUGCUGGAGCUGUACAGAGCGCUGCUGCGCGCAGGGCGGCAACUGCAGUACACCGACCGCAACUACUACCGCCGCGCCGUGGCCCGCGAGUUCCGCCGCUCCCAAGCGCUGUCCAUUCCGCAGGACAAGGAGGACGCCCUCAAGAGGGGCCAGUUCUUCCUCAGUAGCCGCCUGGGCGGGCUUGUGUAAUAAGGGAGUGGGGGCCAGUGAGUGACUGCCACUGGCCAGAGAGGGGAUAGUAAGGUAUGGCAGGAGUGAACGGUGAGCGGAAAGGCAAGAAAGAUGACAAUGGCCUGGGCACUGCCAUCGACUUCGUCCUCUCCAAUGCCAAGCUGGUGCUGGGAGUGGGGGGAGCAGCCAUGCUGGGCAUUGCCACUCUGGCAGUCAAAAGAAUGUAUGACCGUGCCAUCAGUGCCCCUACCAGCCCCACUAAGAUGGAGCCAUCAGGGAAGCGCAGCUGGGAAGAGCCCAGCUGGCUGGGGUCCUCUCCACGCACGCUCAACCACGACAUGAAGACCACAGUCAGCCGCUCGCUGCAGAACCUGCCCGCCUCUGCCAACUCCUUCGAACCAGACCUCAUGCGUCGUGCUGCGGGCCGGUCUGACCACGGGCAGAUGGACAUGACGCGCGCCCGCAUGCGCCUCUCGCUGCAGGAGCACCUGUGGGCGUUCUUCAGCGAGCGCGUGGCCAUCCCCGCGGAGGAGCAGGCCGUGGCUCGCCGCGCCGCGCUGGACAUCUGCUCCGAGCUCCGCGUCUUCCUUCACGCCAAGCUGCCUGACAUGCCGCUCCGCGAGAUGUACCUGAGCGGCAGUCUCUACGACGACCUCCAGGUGGUGACUGCGGACCACGCCCAGCUGAUGGUACCCAUGAUCCUGGAGAAGAACCUGUGGUCGUCUGUGCCGGGCGAGGACACGAUCAUGAACAUGCCAGGUUUCUGGUUGGUGCGCCGGGAGAACCUGGAGUACUUCCCCCGCGGGAGCAGCUACUGGGACCGCUGCAUGGUCGGGGGCUACCUCUCCCCCAAGAGCGUCCUGGAGGUGUUUGAGAAGUUGGUGGCCGGCACCAUCAACUGGCCCGCCAUCGGCAGCGUGCUGGACUACGUGAUCCGGCCCGUGGUGCCGUCGGAGACUCUCACGCUGGAGGUCCAGUAUGAGACGGACCGGCGCCUCUACGUGGACUUCCUGCCUCUGCUGAUGAUGGAGGACGGCGUGUCGCUGAUCGCCAAGCCGCACCGGCUGGCGGCCGACCGUCACGAGAACCUGUGGCGGCAGAGCUUCCGCGUGGCCGAGACGGCCCGGCUCCGCGCACUCGACCAGGAGGACGGCGGCUGCCGCUGUGCCUGCCUGAAGUUAGCCAAGGCCGUGUGCAAGCUCAACCCGGCGCUCGGCAGCCUCUCCGCCAGCCAGCUGACCAACACGCUGCUGCUGCUGAGCGAGCGGGAGGGCGACUGGACCCAGGAGGCGCUGGCCGACCGCUUCAUCAGCCUGCUGCGGGCGCUGGUGGGCCACCUGGAGGCCGGGGUGCUGCCCUGUGCCCUCAACCCCAAGGCGAACCUUUUCUGCGAGCUGACGCCCCUGGAGGUGGAUGAGCUGGGGUACACACUCUACUGUGCCCUCUCCGACCCUGAGAGCCUGCUUAGGACUGCGUGAGACUCGAAAGCCACCCCCCACCUCACCUAUAGCAUGGCGCCUGAGGCCCUGCGAACAUCUGUCGCCAUGGAAACGGGCUGUGAUUGUGCCAGCCUUAAAAUGGGAGAACUCGCUCGAAAGCAGCCUUCUGUUGUGAAAAGACAACAUCUGUGAACAGCCCACAUAACUCUGCGAAAGUCAUCGCGGCGCCCUCUUGUGUAUUGUAAAGCUAUUGCAGUAGACUUAAGACUGGUAGAAUCAUACCGAGUCCUCAAUGUAAAAAUCAUACAAAUGCUGACAUGCCCCCUCAGCCAACUGAGAAGGUAGCAGAGGCCCCUUGUGUCUAAGUUGUUUCAGGAGUGGUCACAAAUACAGAAACGCCCUCAAGAGGCUCAUUGUAAUCUCAUGGAACUCUCACUUUUUCUUUUGUAUGUGCGUCACCAUCUACAUUUUCUAAUGAUGUUUUAAAGAUCUUCAGUAGAGGCAACAGAACCUAUACCAUGCAAUGAGACGCUCUGUGGCACAUGCAGCCUAACUUCUAUGACCUCUUGAUUUCCUUGCACCCUCAUAUCACUUAAUUAUAUAUAUUAAACUGUAUUAUAUAGUUAAUUAUAUAUAUAUACACACACACACACACACUGUGAUGGGUGAGUGUUUAGUGCACUGUGUUCGUUCUGUGUUGUCAGAGCUACUGGAAACGUUUAAUGCUAUCUACAAGAGGUCUUUGAAUAUCUGAUCUAUAAAAGUUCCUUAUCGAUUGAUGUGAGUUUUCUGCAUUGUGUUUUAUGCUUCGGAGACGGGGUGCUCAAACUCUCCCAGUCCUCAACACCGUGGUCUACAGUGGGCCAAACCAGCCCAUGGUUCAGUCAUUCUUUCAGGUCCAGCACAUGCUUGAAAGAGAUCUAAAUCCUUCACUAGCUGCAGAUGCUUUUUAAAAUGCUCCGUGUUUCUGUCCAUUCAGUCAAAGGAGCUCCGCUAUGGAUUAUUGUGGAAGCUAUGGAAGCUACAUGGCUAAGAGUUCCAAGGCUACACUUCUCCCCUAUGACGGGGUGCCUCGUCUCCCACCCACAGGGGUUAUGCCGGUGACCCAGGAGGAGAGGCCUUGCUUGUUUGUGAGCACUGAGAUGGGCCCUUGUUCGAGUCCAGAAGGGCACCAGUGUUGUGGAGUUUGGGUGGCUGUGAAUGGGCUUAUAGAUCAAGGUCUUGCUGUUGGCCCGAUCAGCCACAGCUGUCUUAUGACUUGAGUGUGAUUUUUGAGAUUUUUAUUUUUCUGAUUUUUUGUUUUCUCUCUUUUUUUUUUUAAAAUCAUCGUUACGGAGCGUGUCUCUUAAAUUAAUAAACUCUGAUGUUGAUUACACUAGACUUUUGAGAUUCUUGAGAGCAGAGGCGCCACCUCUCUCAGUACUGUGUUCUGCCUAUGCAGCGAUCACACGUCUUACUCUCUUCUUAUUUUUUUUUUGUUGCACUGGUGUAUAAAAUGGCCCUCUGUUUUACUUCUUUCAAAACCAGAUAUUUCCUGAGAUUAUAACACAAUAGGAUUUGCAAGUUUUUUGCUUUCCUCUUGCCUGCAACAGGACAAGCAUUGCAGUAGCAAAUCUGCCUUUCCUCAUCAAAAUUGAGCAUGAAAACUAAUUGAAUGAAUGCCCCUUGAGAUUUCCUCAUCUAUAAAACGCAAGUAAAAUUUUGUGUGCCCCUCUGUCUUAUCCAAUUUGACAAGAAUGUAAGAUGACAAUGUGACACUGGCGCUCGUCCCCAGACCGGGUGAUAAGAAUGCCUUGUGAGUUCAAUGUGAAUCAUUAGAAUCAUGUGGUUUACAAGGCGAAGGGGGAUGGGAGCUGGUUUGAGUUUCCUGUUGGAUUCUGUAGAGAUUACUUAGAGUGAAAAAUGCAACCAAACUUAGGGCAUCACUCUUGUCAUGCUUAAAAGCAAACAGAUAACUUGACUGUGCUCUGUUUCUCCUUUUUAUAACUUAUUUGAGUUGUGGCAUAUUUGAAGAUCUUUUGCGUAUGUCAGGGGUUACGGGAGGGCCAGGGUUUGUGCUUGGCGAUUUUGGUCUGCAUCUGGAAACAUGCAGAGAAAGGGCUGGUGACUGAUAUUAUUAGUCUCUUGUCUGUCAUACAUUGACACUUAAGAACUAGUGUUUUCAUUUUCACCUGAAAACAGACCAUUUAUAUAUCUGUACUCUUGUUCUGGUUAUGUAUGGAAAAUAAUAACUAAAAGGACUAAGUAGCUAGUCUGAUUUGUGUAAACUGGAUUUGUUAUGCUCAGAAUUUGGUCACUUUAGCCUUUGUUCAUUCGCAGAACUUUUGCAUUUGGUGCAGAACCCAUGUGGUAGAACCGCUCUGUAGCUCAUCCUUUAUGCUUUAGAACAACAGAACUCGGUUGCCUUCUAUUCAUGACCUCAUUUGCCCACAAACCUUUUUUUUAACGGUGGAAAAGAGAUACAGUUUAUUAUUAUUUUUUUAAAUAUAUAAAUAAAAACAAAAGCCACUAGUCAUGGUGGCUCUUCAGGGCCACUUUAACGACGUAAUUCAUAAGUGGCCAAGGCAAGGGUACUGGGUCGUUUCUCUCUAUUUCCUCCAGUACUCAGCCAUUUCAGACGAGGUGUGUGGGAUAUGCUUUUGUGUCAUAAAAAAAAAAGACAAUACAGAUGUACUUGAUGUGUCAGAGGUGUAGUAUUUUUGUAUUUAUUGUAUACUUGUAACCAAAAACAUGACUCACUCAUGAGUAAGAAAAGUCCUCCUGUGAGCAAUGCUAAUGUCCUUAUGUGCUAAAGAGGAACAGUGUCUGUACAUAGUGCACACUGGAACAUAUAAUCCAUAGGGGCUUCGUCUGCUGGUAGAAGGGUGUUCAGAUGUGUAUUUGCACUUGAAUACAGGAAGCCUUUUGUCUCUACAACUAGAUUAUGUUGCAGAAUUGUGUUCAGGUCAGUCUUUCCAUUUUUAAGGGUGUAUAAAAUAAUUUUUGUUGGCCAGAAAUGAAAAUGCUUCUAGACAUGAUGUAACCCGACAUGGUGAACAGUGCUCCUUAAUCUCAGUAUGCACUUUACAUACUUUGUUUCAGACCUUUAUGUAUUUGUUUCGAUAUAUAUAUAUAUAACUGGGCCAGGCCCUAUAAAUUGACAACAAAUAUAACGAAGAUAUCUCAAAGUAUUACAAUGGACAGAAGACAUUUGAAAAUUCUCAAAUACGGUCCUUCAGAUAGGUCAUUGUAGGUCUAGAAGCAUUUCCAAAUUUCUUUAAAAAAAAAAACAUUGGCCGCACCUUCAACCAACAUUAAUUUCUUUCAGCACGUUCACCUGGCCCAAAGCAAGGCAUCUACCUCCGCCCUGUACACCUCAGCGUGGCCAUGGACUUGCAUGCAAUGUGUCCGUUUUCUCACUUUGAUGUUUUUGGUGGGGUUUUAUUUGUACAUUAGUCUAUUUUUUUAAUUUCUGAAUGGAAUGAAAAACACCAAGCACUUUGUAUAUCCAAAUAAAUGGUAUGGCAGAGA